GUUCGCAGCCGGCGAACAAAAAAUGUUUUUUAACCCCGACAAAACAGGUUUUAUUUGAUAAAAUGUGAAUUCUUUCUCUCUAUGUCGUUUAAGAUAUUGUCUACAAAAAGAAACUACAUCUUCAAAGAGCUUCACCAAGAAUCUUUGUAAUACUUGGUCAUGUGUUUCACAACGAAUCCUCUCCUUUGUCGAAUGAGUCGAAACAUUUAUCAGACGUUACGAAAUAUCAGACGAUGCUCAUAUAAAAAAAACAAAAUUGGAGUCGGUCAUGUAUUGACUCGUCUUCAGGAAAGGAACCUCGAAUGUUUCCCACGAAAUGUGUCUCAUAGACAUUAUAGUUCAUCCAGAGAACUAUCAGCAUUGUUCAUCAGUCCGGCUGAUGAGCACAACACCUCCAUGGUUGAGCUCGACCUGGACUUGGACAGUCGGCUGGAGAAUCUUGAUAUGCUUCAGGAUAACUUGUUGCGGCGAGGAAUGGUGCGCUUCAAUCUUGAUGAAUGGGUAAUGGAUUAUAAACAUUACAAGAGAUUAAAGAAAGAAGUGGAAGCUGUCCAGGAAGAGAGAAAACAGGUUUCACGACAGAUGGGGGACAUCGUCCGACAAAAAAGCUCAUCACUCAGCGAAGAGAAAGGAAGACUUAUAAAAAGAGGAAAAGAGCUGAAACUGGAACUGAGACAAUUAACUAAACCCUUUUGGGAGAUAGAGGAGGAAGUCAUUCUCAAAGGUCUCAGUCUACCUAACAAGCUCCAUCCUGCUGUUCCACUAUCGGAAGAUAUGGUUCUUGACGAUCCGAGAAUAGCCCCCAAACCUACAGUACCAUUGCCGAGAAAGGGUUCAAUUCUGAAACGACUACAAGAACGCGAUUUGUUAGAAUUCAGCCCCAUUGGUCCGACAGCUUAUUACAUGAAGGGCGACUUGGCUAUUCUGGAGCAGGCCAUCUCGCGCUAUACACAAGGAUGUCUUGAGAGCGAAGGCAUCUCGGGGGUCGUGUGUCCAGACAUCGUCAAGGCAUUCGUCGUGGAAGGUUGUGGUGUUGAUGUUACUAACCCAGACAAAGUGUUCCGCCUUCAGUCCAGGGAGGAGGAAACGGACCGCAGUUCAGAUCCGGCCUCCGGUAACAAGUCGGGCAACACACUCUUCCUGACUGGUUCAUCACAUUAUGGCAUGGUUGCAUCCCUCGUUCGUAUGAUGGUCAAUGAGAUUUCGCUCCCGAUUAAAUGUUACACGCUAGGCCGUAGUUACAGCCCGGUGAAGGAGGAUGGAGAUGACGAGAAUCUACUGGCCGUCUCACAGGCAACUGAGUUUCAUCUGUUUACAAGUUGCAAGAGUAAAAGUCAAGCGGAGGAAAUGUUUGCGUUAUACCAAGAUGUGUUGUUGAAGAUGUAUCGACCCUUUAAUUUGAAUAUGAGAUUCUUAAAUGUUGGUGCUAAAAAUCUUCACGGUUCCGAGUCGAGAAGAAUUGAUGUGGAGUGCUGGGUUCCGAGUGUAGAAAGCUUCAUCAAGUUGGCGAGCAUUUCGAGUUGUGAUGACUAUUUUAGCCGAAGGUUGAUGAUGCAGUGUAGUCGGAACAUGACCAGCAGCCCUCACAAAUAUCAGCACAUUGUUCACGGAAGUGCCCUCGUCAUGCCGCGGUUCAUCACCGCUUUGCUGGAGAAUUUACCGUCUCGAAAUGAACAAGUUGUGAUACCAGAUGUUCUCAGGUCACAUUGGAUCGGACCCUUACCACACGGAACAUUUACGUUUGCUGACUCUUGAUACCAGUACAGUGGAACCUGGGGACCCCAGAAGAUGCCCAAAAAAAUGGCUGGUUCAAACAUUGCUUGGUACCACGAUAAUGAUAUCUCAGAUUAAUGGGGGCAUCCCAUGGAACACAAUGUUGACUGUGCCAGACAAAUCUUCUGCUGCUUUAGGCCCGCCAGACCCCCGAAAAGGCCCCCCCAAAUUUGGCUGGAUCAAACAUUGGAGGUACCAUCCAAAACAAAUUUUUACUUGAACAAGUACAUCCCACUGAGUUCAGAAUCAGCCCUGCCAGACAAUUUAUCCGCUGCAAAGGGCCCACCAGACACUCCCAAACUUUGGCCCCUGCGGUGGGUGUGGAAGAAUUGGACCAGGUCAAACAUCGAAAGUACCAUACGAAACUAAUUUUUAUUGAAUGAGCACAUCCUACAGAGUACAAAAUGGCAAACGCAAGAAAAAAUAUCUGCUGCCUAAAGCCCGCCAGACCCCCAAAAUGCCCCCCCCCCCAAAUUUGGCUGGAUCAAACAUUGGGGGUACCACCCAAAACAAAUUUUACUCGAACAAGUUCAUGCAACUGAGUUUAGAAUCGGCCUUGCCAGACAAUUCAUCCGCUGCAAAGGGCCCGCCAGACACUCCCAAACUUCGGCCCCUGCGGUUAAUGUGUUGGUAGGAUUGGAAUUGAUCAAUUACUAGUCAGUACCACAUGAAUUUAAAUGUUGAUGAAUAAGCUGCUCAUUCAUCAAAAACUAGUGCCUAGCACAUCACGCAAAGUGCAUAUAUAUGUCCUCGUAGGUAUGUCAGUAUUAAUCAUCCAGUCAUUAUUCAUUAUAACACAUCUACAAUGUAACAAAGCUUAUAUGUCCGUUUCACUCUCUGAGUCGUCACUCCAUUCAAACUCAGAACCAGAGCCAUCUGUAUCAUCGAACUCGGCAGCAGCAUCGACAUCAUCCUCAACAUUCUCCUCAUCAGGUGAUUCUCUGUCAAUCUCAAACAGUCCAUCAGGCACAGCAGAUCCAGGGAACCAGUCAGGAACAAAGUUCCCAUCAUGGUCCUUCCAACCAUAGUUAAGUGGAUCCACUCCAUCUACUGGUUCUGCUGAAUCAGCAUUUCCCCACAGGAUUCCAAUAAAAUGUGCUCUUCUCAGUUUGUUUCGAACAGUCUUGGCACACGGCGGCAGUAGUGCACAAUCGACUUUCUUAACCUUGGCCAUCGGAUUUUCCUGAAACGGGUAAAUAUCAGAGUCAUCAAACAGAUAUACAGGAUGCAUGGAGAGCACAGAGAC